AUGGUACUUGGACUAGAAAUGAUUAAGGAUAUGGUGAAGAAGGUCAAGUUGAUCGAAGAAAAGAUUAAAGCAGCCCAAGAUCGACAAAAAAGUUAUGCUGAUUUGAAAAGGAGGGAAGAGGAAUAUGAAGUAGGAGAGAAACCUAACGAGCUUGAAAGGGUUCACAAUGUGUUCCAUGUGAGCCAAAUCCGAAAGUAUAUUCCUGAUAUGACACCUGUGUUACAACCAGAAACCAUUGAGAUGGAUGAGAAAUUGACUUAUGAGGAAAGACUAGUAAAGAUUCUUGACUCUAAGGUCAGGAGCACAAGGAACAAGGAUGUGAGCAUUGUGAAAGUAUUGUGGUCAAAUCAGAAAACUGAAGACGCUGCAUGGGAAGCUGAGGCUGAUAUGAGGAAAUGUUACCCAGAACUUUUUGCCUAA